AUGUUUGCAAUUAAUGACUACCAAUUAGCUAAUAAUAAUAGACAAUUGACUAGUACUCCCAUUAAUAAUAAAUGUUACGAUACCACUGAUGACGAUAAUAAUACUACUACUAAUAAUGUUGUUGUUGUCAAUAAUCAGUAUCAGUUGGUCGAUCAGUUAUGGGAUGGCCUAACCAUAACCUUGAUGUCUAUCCAUCAACAGCGACAGCAAACACAUGAUAUCUAUAGACAAAAACUGGUUCUUCGGCAGAAACUCUAUCGGCUAUUAUCAACAAAAUUGAUGAAAUCGGAAAAGAUUGACUUAUAUCUAAUUGGUUCAUCCAUUACGGGUAUGGGUACCAAAUCAAGUGAUACGGAUUUUUGUCUGAUUUUAUACGAUUCGCGAAACCCGAACAAAAUCGAUGAAAACUAUCUGCUAAAAGAUCGGGCAGUCGUCAAACUGGAUCAACUGAAACAGAUAAUCGAUGACAGCGGCCUAUCCAGACAUACCCAAGUGAUACCAGCACUGGUACCCAUAUUAAAGUUUGUCGACAGCAGUUCCGGACUCGAAGUCAAUAUCAAUUUGAACCGAACGGUUACCAUUAAGAACAGCCACUUGUUGUCGCUGUACAACCAAAUGGACGGACGUGUCGGACCACUAAUACUGGCACUGAAACUCUGGGCCCGCAGUCGUAACAUAAACUCCGGUUUCAAUAAUACCCUAACAUCCUAUAGUAUAUCAUUGAUGGCCAUAUUUUUCAUGCAAUCGGUUUGCCGGCCGCCAGUCCUGCCGAGUCUUCAGCAAGACUUUCCCCAUUUGUUUGUCGACGACGUAACCAAACUCCAGCUAAACGAUUACCGACGGAUAGUGUUUCGGUCGCAAAAUUUGCAAUCAUUGGGCCAAUUGUUUCAUAACUUUUUCAAAUACUAUUGUCUGUUUGACUAUCGGAAGGUUAUCAGUGUCCGCAAGGCCCGACUCAUCGAUCGCGAUUCACUGGUCACACCGGCCAAUCUGUACGACAAGAAGCUGAGGAAUGGCAAACAUUGGCCACACAUUUGUAUUGAGGAACCGUUUGAUAGGACCAACACAUCCCAUGCUGUCUACGAUUGCCAAAUGUUUCAGCAAAUCUAUGAUACUCUGUGCCAAACCUAUCAACAAUUAUUGGCCACUAAUGUCUAUACUAUAGAUAUGUUUGUUUAA